AUGGAGAACAUCCGAAUUGUGCUCAGCGAAGACCUGCGGGGGGGAAAAGUGCACGCAGAGCUCCAGGCGCUCUUAAAGGAGAAGGAGGAAAAGGACAAGAAUGAAACGGAGUAUGGGAGGAUGCUCCAGGGGGGGCACUCCCAACCGGGCCUCUUCCAACCCGAUGGCGUGGGCGGGACACCCCUUCUGGAGAAGCGCACCUGUAACAUUUAUACGAACUUCCCCUACAAAUCUCACUUCGUGAAGAAUCACGAGAGGAGGAAGCGGGAGGGGAUGAAGCGGGAGGGUGGCCCUGAGAGGUACGCGGACCACAUGGAGCUCAGUGGAUACAACCAAAUGGAGGAGACUCCCCCGCCGAGUCACCUCCAACUAGCAUUGAUUCUUGUCAUCAUCGAUGAAUUCUACAUCGAAGAGGAAUGCCCGCUUCUACGCACCUCCAUUUUGACCAAAAUCGAAAACAUACAAAAAGCGUAUGACCAUGUUAAGGUCAUUUGUCUCUUCAUAGGAGUGCGUGAGUAUUUAAUUAGGACGGACUGUAACAGGGAAGUUGAUGGGUCCUUCCCCGGGAGUAGUCUCACUGAGGGGGGGAAAUCCAACUCACGUGAUGGAGAACACUCCAAGAUGAACGGAAACAUGCUCGAUAGGCUUAUGACGACACUGCUUAUUCGUCACCACGUGGAUUCCAUCGAGAUGGAAAACGACAAAUACCUGCACAAGUUCAUCUUCAGAUGCUGCCGCUAUCUCUACGUGUCGAAGAUUCGGAAGCUCAAUUCAUAUUUUAAGGUCAAGCCGGCUGGGCUCAGCCAGCUGAAGCUUUCGCAGUUGCAUCAGGAGGGGAAGUCAAACGGGGGGAAGUCAAACCGGGAAAAGCUGCAUCAGGAGGAGUCAAACCAGGAGGAGUUGAGCCCGCCUCCCCCCGGGAUGCUGCCCGGCACGCUUCCCAGCACGCUGCUCAAACGAAGACAUUUCUCCACGUGGGUCUCCCAGUUGAUGCAAAUCAGCGGCCUGUCCGAAGAUGCCUCCAUAAACAUCGCCCAAGCCUUCAACACCCCCUUCGACCUAAUCAUGCACUUGAAAAAAAAAGACGACGAAGAGUGCUUAAGCGAUUUUAUCAUCAGUACGCCCUACGGGGAUCGGCGCCUCGGCAGGGCCCUCUCGCGCAAGGUGUUCCGCGUUUUCUCCCCCGACGCGCAUCCGGACAAUUACGUUUCGUAG